AUGAGGCUCGCAGGCCAUCCCGUUUCCAUCCCCAAAGAGAGUCUUUUGAAAUUGGACUCUGAACUACUCAUCGAAAUCCUUAACCUUUGUCCAUCAGUACAACUAACAGGAACAAAGCUGGUAUGUGGAGAAGGUGGUUGUGGAGCUUGUACUGUGAUGAUCUCAAAAUAUAAUCCUACUGACCAGAACAUACAUCAUUAUUCUGUCAAUGCUUGUUUGAUGCCUGUUUGUUCAGUCCAUGGAUUAGCUGUUACUACUACAGAAGGUAUAGGAAGUUUAAAAACAAGACUACAUCCAGUUCAGGAACAAAUAGCCAAAUCUCAUGGAUCACAAUGUGGUUUCUGUACACCGGGUAUGGUGAUGUCCAUGUAUGCUUUAUUAAGAAACAACCCACAACCAACUAUGAAAGAAAUAGAGAAGAAUCUGGAAGGUAAUUUAUGUCGAUGCACAGGAUACAGACCUAUAUUGGAUGGUUACAGGGCAUUCUCUAAGGAAGACACAAUUAUUCUCAAAAUGAACCUCUAUAAUACUACCAUUUAUACACCAAUAUAUGAUCCAAGUCAGGAACCCAUUUUCCCUCCAGAUCUCAAGGUAAAUCACAAGAAAUACCACGAAGAAUAUUUGGUGUAUGAAAAAGAUGGUAUAAAAUGGUACAGACCAGUCACUUUAUCCCAAAUUUUAGAUCUGAAAUAUCAGUUUCCACAAGCUAAAAUAAUAGUUGGAAAUACUGAAGUUGGCAUUGAAACAACAUUUAAGAAUAUGAAAUAUCCAGUCUUGAUCAACGCAGCCGAUAUUCCCAAAUUAACAGAGAUACAAAUUACAGAGACUGGUAUCAAAUUUGGUGCCUCCGUAACUCUGUCCAAGAUAGAGGAAGUACUCCAGGCUGCAGUUGACAAUAAAAAAGAGGAGAAAAUAAGAGGAUUUGUAGCCAUCAUAGAUAUUUUGAAAUGGUUUGCUGGAAAACAGAUCAGGAAUGCUGCGGCUAUCGGUGGUAACAUAAUGACAGCCAGUCCAAUAUCAGAUCUUAAUCCUAUAUUUCAAGCUUGUGGUGUUGUAUUACAUGUUCAAUGUAAAGGAGGCAAACAACGAAAUGUUCCAAUGGAUGAAAAUUUCUUUACCGGCUACAGGAAAACGCAGGUUCAAACAAGUGAACUAUUACUUGCUUUAACAAUUCCUUUCUCCACGAAGAAUGAGUAUAUCCAGAGUUAUAAACAAUCCAUUAGAAAAGAUGAUGAUAUAGCUAUAGUUAAUUCUGGCAUGAGAGUUGUAUUUAAAGAUCAAAGUGAUAUUAUAGAAGAUCUAUAUUUAUCAUACGGUGGUAUGGCACCUACUACUGUCAUGGCUAAACAGACAAUGAUGCAGCUGAAAGGAAGAAAAUGGAAUGAAGAAGUUGUAAAAAUAGCCUGUGAAUAUUUAGAGAAAGAUUUACCAUUGUCUCAUGAUGCACCUGGUGGUACAGUGGAAUUUAGACGAACUCUUACUACAAGUUUCUUCUUUAAAUUCUAUCUAAGUGUAGCACAGCAGUUAGCUGUAAAGAAUACAUCGUAUUUUCAGGGCAUCAUAAGAAAUGGCGUAUCAAAGGCAGACAUAAGUGCUACAGUUAAUCCUGAACACGAAGUGAGUCGUGGAACUCAAAUCUACGAUUUGAUUGAUCCAGAGAACAAAUCAGAACAUGGUUUGUGGAAGCCACUGGUUCAUUCCACAGCUUACCAACAAGCAACCGGAGAAGCGGUUUACAUGGAUGAUAUGCGAACUCUUAAAGGAGAAUUAUCAAUAGUACCAAUCUACAGUGCAAAAGCACAUGCUAAUAUUACCAAGAUGCAUGUGGAGGACGCUUUAGCUGUCCCUGGUGUUAAAGGGUACAUUGAUUAUACAGACGUUAAAGGGUCCAACCAUUUAUGGUUAUCAGAUGAGAAGCUCUUUGCCGAGAAAAAGGUCGAGACAGAAGGAGCUGUAAUAGGAUGUAUAGUUGCAGAUUCUCACGAAAUUGCUAUAAAAGCCAGGAGACUGGUAAAGAUAGAAUAUGAGGAACAUCCAGCUAUUAUUUCUAUUCAGGAUGCUAUUGAUAAUAAUUCAUUUUUGAGGAAACCCACAACUGUCCAAUGUGGUGAUAUCGAGAACGAAUUCAAAAACUGCAAAAACAUCCUGGAAGGUGAAGUAUAUAUGGGUGCACAGGAACAGUUUUAUUUUGAAACGCAGUCUGCUAUAGCCAUACCGAAAGAAAAUGAUGAAAUGGAUGUGUAUUCCUCCACACAAUGUCCUACCGCUAUACAGGCGUCGAUUGCCGAUAUUAUUGGUGUUCCUUCCCACAAAGUGAGAUGCCUGCUCAAAAGAAUAGGCGGUGGCUUUGGUGGAAAAGAGACGCAAUGCGUAAAUGCUGUUGGAAUGGCUGCUACAGCUGGUAUUAAGUUCAAUUGUCCAGUGCGUUGUGUAUUAGAUAGAGAAGAUGAUAUGGUCACAACUGGAACCAGACAUCCUAUUUUGGCUAAAUAUAAGGUCGGAUUUUCAGAAGAUGGCAGACUACAUUGCUUGGAUAUCAACACAUAUUUCAAUUGUGGUGAUUCUCUAGAUCUUUCGGAACACGUGAUGAUGGUUGUACUAAACAAGGGCAAUAACUGUUACAAUAUUCCAAACUUCCGAACAACUGGUCAUCUAUGUAAAACAAAUAUCAGAUCUAACACAGCUUUCAGAGGGUUUGGUCUUCCACAAGGAGUAUUUACCACUGAAACAGUGAUGCAACAUAUAGUUGAAUCCCAGGAUUGGGAUCCAUUAAAGAUUCGACAACUAAAUUUCUUUAAAGAAGGGGAUAGAGCACAUAUUAAUCAAAUUAUCAAGGGUUGUCAUGUUCAAGAUUGUUGGGAUGACUGUUUGAAACAGAGUAACUACAAAGAAAGAGAACAAGAAGUCAAAAGAUUUAAUAGAGAAAAUCGUUGGCGGAAGAGGGGUAUAUUUAUAAUGCCAAUGCAAUUUGGAAUUGGUUUCGGGAGAAUGAGCAUGAACCAGGGUGGGGCAUUCGUCAGUAUAUAUACUGAUGGUUCAGUCUUGCUGGCUCACGGUGGAGUUGAAAUGGGACAAGGUAUCAACGUGAAAAUGAUUCAGGUAGCAAGUGGUACACUUGGAAUACCAACUAACAAGAUCCAUAUUAUAGAAACAGGAACGAACACAGUCCCGAAUACUAGUGCCACAGCAGCUAGUACCGGUACAGAUCUGAAUGGAAUGGCAGUU